AACUCAUGUUACUCAUAAACAGAGGAGAACAGGUUUUCUACUCCUGUAGUUUUAAUAGAUUCCGACCACAGGUUGAUGAAGGUUACGUAGUUGAAUUGUUAACGAUAAAAGAAAUAAUAACGACGUCCUGUCAAAUCAAAUAGGUGUAAUCAUUGUACAUAUAUAGAUCCGUUAAAGUUAAUAUCUUAUAACAAGGUUAUCUUAUCGUUUUAGGUUGCGACCUAUUAAAGAGUUAGUUAAGAGAGUUAAGUAUGCAUUACAGUCGUAAUUAUUAUGUGGUUCAACAAACUAUUGCUAUUUGUGCUAUUUACUUUCGUCGCGCCGAGCGAUGACAACGAUGAGCCUGUUUUAUAUUAUUAUGGUCUUGAGGAGAGUGAGCGCAGUCUACCACCGUGCAAUGAUCGUCAAGCGUGUUCAGCGUUGAUACUGCGGUACUGGCGUGCACCCGCGCUGGUGCGACUGUGUCGCUGUGCGCGUCGCAUGCGUUGUGACACUCGAGCGCAUAACGACAGUCUAAUUGAACUUAACAAUCGAGCUCAUUUACAGUUCUGUAAACCUGUAACUGACUGGCCGGAAUGUAAAAUAAACGAAAAUGCCUUAAGCAUAGCAACGACAUACCAACGUAUGAAUCCUGAUGAACUUGAGGAAAUGCAUCACAUGAAUAUGCAGCUCACACCACCAAACAUAACAUUUAACUGUCGGUGUCGUAACCCUAAUUACUGGAAGCUAUCUUCCACUGAAGAUACCAAUCGUAAAUACCGGUGUGCGUCACUUCCACUAUGCAAAACUGGAGAGUUUUGCGGAAAUGUAAACCAUGACCUAAACGCGCUGUACCAGUCGUGUUUAUGCCCAAGACACCACAUAUGUGUGCACAACGGCGGUGUAACCCACAUGCACAUCUCUGAGUUGCUUUACGAAGGUAGAGGAUGGAAAGCUUACUGUCAAAGGAUAGAAAGCGACGACAGUUACGAAGAUUAUUAA